GCCACCUUUCCAGCCCUCAGUCAGACGGGCGCGGAGACCCUUCUGGAAGUAACAUCACGAUGGCUGCCCAAGGAGAACCCCAAGUUCAGUUCAAACUUGUAUUGGUCGGUGAUGGGGGUACUGGAAAAACUACAUUUGUGAAGCGUCAUCUGACUGGUGAAUUUGAGAAGAAGUAUGUAGCUACCUUGGGUGUUGAGGUCCACCCCCUCGUGUUCCAUACCAACAGAGGACCUAUUAAGUUCAAUGUGUGGGAUACAGCUGGUCAGGAGAAGUUUGGCGGACUGAGAGAUGGCUAUUACAUCCAAGCUCAGUGUGCCAUUAUAAUGUUUGAUGUCACAUCGAGAGUUACUUACAAGAAUGUGCCCAACUGGCAUAGAGAUCUGGUACGAGUGUGUGAGAACAUCCCCAUCGUGUUGUGUGGCAACAAAGUGGAUAUUAAGGACAGAAAGGUUAAGGCAAAGUCAAUUGUCUUCCACCGAAAGAAGAAUCUUCAGUACUAUGACAUUUCUGCCAAAAGUAACUACAACUUUGAAAAGCCCUUCCUCUGGCUUGCUAGAAAACUGAUCAGAGACCCUAACCUGGAGUUUGUCGCCAUGCCUGCUCUCGCCCCGCCAGAGGUGGUCAUGGACCCAGCCUUGGCAGCACAGUACGAGCACGAUCUAGAGGUUGCUCAGACAACUGCCCUCCCGGAUGAAGAUGAUGACCUGUGAGAAAGCGAAGCUGGAGCCCAGCGUCAGAAGUCUAGUUUUAUAGGCAACUGUCCUGUGAUGUCAGUGGUGCAGCGUGUUUGCCACUUUAUUAUAUAGCUAAGCAGAACAUGUGCUUAAUCUUUGGGAUGCUGAAGGAGAUGAAUGGGCUUCGGAGUGAAUGUGGCAGUUAAAAAAAAAAAAAACCUUCAUUUUUUGGACCUGCAUAUUUAGGUGUUUUGGAACCCAGUUGUUUCCUCCUUGAGUUUCAAAUAGAAGACUGCUGCGGUCACAUCACAAUGUUCAGUUUGUUACUGUCAUUCCCAUUCCUUUUCGUUUAGAAUCAGAAUAAAGUUGUAUUUCAGAUAUCUAA